CCUAAGUGGAAGUCGGGAGAAGCAGCGCUGUAUGAAUUUGUUUUUGAAACGCGAACGUUUUUAAGUACCAAACGUCUGUACGCGAUAAAGAAGGAUUUGCGUGUGCAUUGCUGUUUUCUGUGCGCCUUUUUUCUCUAAUAUGACGCACAAGUGAUGUUUACAUAUUGGUUACGUGACCUGUCAUCGUGGAUGAGGUUUCUUUGGGUGUAGAACGCGGAAUGGAUUGGAUGUCGGAUGUUAUUUGGUCUUGUGAAAAGCGCUUCAUGAGGAUUAUAUAAGUUUUCUGUGUUUUUGUAGUUUCCUUGCGGAUGGAAUGAGAGGCGACGGCGCGCGGAAAAAAAGAUUAAAUCAAGAGCAGACAGUUUUUAUUUAAAAAAAAAUCAAACAAAAAAUAAAUAAAUAAAACAACAUACACGCGAUGGAGACUCUAAGUCAUAACAUAUGUAUGUACUCUGUUGUUUUCCCUGCUUCUCGUAUCUGAUGUUCAUUUGGAUUUUACCUGUUGGAUAUCCGCAUGUUUAGGAUGGCUCGCUUUGGAGACGAUCUACCCACCCGCUAUGGAGGUCCACCAGGCGCUGGAAGAGGGGGAGCCCGGGCGGGAGGUCCCCCAGGCGGCCAAAGGAUGUACAAACAGUCGAUGGCUCAGAGAGCCAGGACAAUGGCUUUAUACAACCCUAAACAAACCAAACAGAACUGCUUUACUGUCAACCGGUCUUUAUUCAUCUUUAGCGAGGACAACGUAAUAAGAAAAUACGCCAAGAGAAUAACGGAAUGGCCUCCAUUUGAAUACAUGAUCUUGGCCACCAUCAUCGCCAACUGCAUUGUACUGGCACUCGAGCAGCAUCUCCCUGUAGGUGACAAGACGCCCAUGUCCAAACGCCUGGAUGACACAGAGCCCUACUUUAUUGGAAUAUUCUGUUUUGAGGCUGGCAUUAAGAUCAUCGCCCUGGGCUUUGUCUUCCACAAAGGCUCCUACCUCCGCAAUGGCUGGAACGGAAUGGACUUUGUGGUCGUGCUCACUGGGAUUUUGGCCACCGUGGGUUCAGACUUUGACCUGAGGACCCUUCGGGCUGUGCGAGUGUUGAGGCCCCUUAAACUGGUGUCAGGAAUCCCCAGCCUGCAGGUGGUCCUGAAGUCUAUCAUGAAGGCCAUGGUUCCCCUUCUGCAGAUCGGCCUUCUCCUCUUCUUCGCUAUUGUUAUGUUUGCCAUUAUCGGGGUGGAGUUCUACAUGGGCAAGUUUCACACCACCUGCUUCAAAAAGGACACAGACGAGCAGGCAGCCGAUUACCCGUGUGGCAUGGAGGCUCCCUCUAGGCUGUGUCCUGAUGGCACAGAAUGCAAAGGGUAUUGGAAAGGACCGAACUUUGGUAUCACGAACUUUGACAACAUCCUGUUUGCCAUUCUCACUGUCUUCCAAUGCAUCACCAUGGAAGGAUGGACUGAUAUCCUAUACAGUACCAACGAUGCAUCGGGCAACACAUGGAACUGGUUAUACUUCAUCCCCCUCAUCAUCCUCGGCUCCUUCUUCAUGCUCAACCUGGUACUGGGUGUCUUAUCAGGAGAAUUUGCCAAGGAGAGGGAACGUGUGGAAAAGAGACAGGAGUUCUUAAAGCUGCGCAGGCAACAGCAGAUUGAGAGAGAGCUCACUGGCUACCUGGAGUGGAUCUGUAAGGCAGAGGAGGUGCUUCUGGCAGAAGAGGAUCAGAAUGCAGAGGAGAAAUCUCCAAUGGAUGGUGCAUGGUAUAAGAGGAAACAAAACAACCCAGUGUUGAAAAGGGCCAAGACCAAGAAAGGGAAGAAUGACCUCAUAAGUGCUGAGGAGGCAGAGGACCCCUUCCCAGACAUUUCCUCCGUUGCCCCUCCUGGGUCGCCGUUCGCCCGGGCCAGCUUGAAGAGCACCCAGAACGGCAGCUCCUCGUACUUCCGGCGGAAGGAGAAGAGGGUACGCUUCUUCAUACGCCGCCUGGUGAAGGCACAGAGCUCCUACUGGAUCAUUUUGUUCCUGGUGGGCCUGAACACGCUGUGUGUGGCCAUCGUCCACUAUGACCAGCCUGAGUGGCUCACCCAGGCGCUGUAUCUGGCGGAGUUUGUCUUCUUGGGCCUGUUCCUCUCUGAGAUGACUCUGAAAAUGUACGGCCUGGGGCCCAGGAAUUACUUUCAUUCCUCAUUCAACUGCUUUGACUUUGGGGUCAUCGUGGGCAGCAUCUUUGAGGUGGUGUGGGCAGCCAUCCAGCCAGGAGCCUCGUUCGGGAUCAGUGUUUUGAGAGCCCUGCGCUUGCUGCGAAUCUUUAAAGUUACCAAGUAUUGGAACUCUCUGAGGAACCUGGUGGUGUCCCUGCUGAACUCCAUGAAGUCCAUCAUAAGUUUGCUUUUCCUCCUCUUCCUCUUCAUUGUUGUCUUUGCUCUGCUGGGCAUGCAGCUCUUUGGAGGACAAUUUAACUUUGACAAAGAAACACCCACAACAAACUUUGACAACUUCCCUGCUGCCAUAAUGACAGUCUUCCAGAUUUUGACAGGUGAGGAUUGGAAUGCUGUGAUGUAUCAUGGGAUUGAGUCUCAGGGGGGUGUCAAGCGAGGCAUGUUCUCCUCCAUCUACUUCAUUGUGCUCACUCUCUUUGGAAACUACACUCUUCUUAAUGUAUUCUUGGCUAUCGCUGUCGAUAAUCUUGCCAAUGCACAGGAGCUGACAAAGGAUGAGGAGGAGCAGGAGGAAGCAGCCAAAAAGUGCCUGGCCCUGCAGAAAGCCAUGGAGGUGAAGGAGGUCAGCCCUGGGUCUGCAGCCAACAUCUCCAUCGCCGCUUUUGUAAAGCAAAAUCGAGACGUGCUCUCUCGCAGCUCUUCCGUCUGCAGCGCACACUCACCCAGGGAGCAGCAGCGUUCUCUUCAGAAGAUGUCCGUGUGGGAGCAGCGCACCACGCAGCUGCGUCGCCACAACCUGCGCGGCAGCAACGAGGCGCUCUACAACGAACUAGAGCCCGAGGAGCGGCUACGUGUUUCCUCCGCCCUGCACCUGCGGCCCGACAUGAAGGCCCACCACGACCGCCCCCUGCUGGUGGAGCAGCGUGACGCCACCGCCCAUGACGACAAACCCCACCCCGCAGAGGACUGCACGGGGGGUGGAAAUGGGGGUGUGGCAGAGGAGCACCUGCGGAAGCACCACCGCUGCAGAGGGGAGAGCAGCGAGUCAAGUGAGGGCCGGCACCAUCGGCGCCACGGGCGUGGCCGUGAGCACCACCGUGCGGCCAGGUCCCCAGAAGAGGGCUCCGAGGACAGGGAGCACCGGCACCACCACUCACACAGAGCCAGAGACGCCAACGGCUAUGGCUCCAUUGGUAAUGGAGCUAAAGGGGAGCCCAGGCCGCGGGGGCCCAGGGAGGCCGAGGGAACCGCCGAGGAGAGGAGGAGACGCAGACCUCGCGUCAAAGCCCAGUCCACACUGGACACAGAGGACUUCAGGGAGAAUGGAGAGGGAGGCAUGCAUCACAGGGCGACCAAUGCAGAAGGCGAUGGCUUGGAUACUAGCCCUACAUCAUCUCCUACAAACCCGCAGGACGUGGCGAGGCAAGAGGACUCUGACAACCUGAAGAACAGCACCAGGGCCGGCUCGAGCGCAGUCAGCAUCCCAGUUACUGUCGCUGCCCUCCCAGGAGACACAACCAUCAUUCCCGUAACUAACGUAGACGGCGAUAGCCUGCUCCUGAAUGAUGAGAAGAAAGAUCUGGAUGGGCUAAAUCAGAACGCGCCCAAACAGAUCCUACCCUACAGCUCCAUGUUUGUGUUUGGCCAGUCCAACCCCGUGCGGAGGCUGUGUCACUAUGUGGUGAACCUGCGUUAUUUUGAGAUGUGCAUUCUCAUGGUCAUUACUAUGAGCAGCAUCGCACUGGCUGCAGAAGACCCAGUGCAAGCUCAUGCACCCUGGAACAAUGUAUUAAAAUACUUAGAUUAUGUCUUCACUGGGGUCUUCACAUUUGAAAUGGUGAUAAAGAUGAUUGACCUAGGCCUGCUGCUACACCCCGGCUCCUACUUUAGGGACCUGUGGAACAUUCUUGACUUCAUCGUGGUCAGCGGAGCGCUGGUGGCAUUCGCCUGCUCAGGGACCAAAGGCAAGGACAUCAACACCAUCAAGUCCCUCAGGGUACUUCGAGUGCUGCGUCCUCUCAAGACCAUCAAACGCCUGCCCAAACUCAAGGCGGUCUUUGACUGUGUGGUGAACUCGUUAAAGAACGUGCUGAACAUCCUCAUCGUCUACAUCCUCUUCAUGUUCAUCUUCGCCGUCAUCGCUGUGCAGCUCUUCAAGGGCAAGUUCUUCUACUGCACGGACGAGUCCAAGGCUCUGGAGAAAGACUGCAGGGGUCAGUUUCUGGACUACGAUGGGGAUGAAGUGGCCGCCCAGCCACGAGAGUGGAAGAAAUACGACUUUCACUAUGACAAUGUGCUGUGGGCAUUCCUCACGCUCUUCACGGUCUCCACGGGAGAGGGCUGGCCCAUGGUACUGAAGCACUCUGUGGACGCCACGUAUGAGGACCAGGGGCCGAGCCCAGGCUACCGCAUGCAGACCUCUAUCUUCUACGUGGUCUACUUUGUGGUCUUCCCUUUUUUCUUCGUCAACAUCUUUGUGGCCCUCAUCAUCAUCACGUUCCAGGAGCAGGGUGACAAGGCCAUGUCUGAGUGCAUCCUGGAGAAGAAUGAGCGGGCGUGUAUCGACUUUGCCAUCAAUGCCAAGCCCUUGACCCGCUACAUGCCUCAGGAUAAGCACUCCUACCAGUACAAGAUGUGGAAGUUUGUUGUCUCGACACCUUUCGAAUAUUCCAUCCUGACUAUGAUUGCCGUCAAUACUGUGGUCCUCAUGAUGAAGUUCUAUGAUGCCCCGAAGCCCUAUGAGGAAAUGCUGAAGUGGCUUAAUAUCAUCUUCACUACUCUCUUCAGCCUGGAAUGCAUCCUGAAGAUCAUUGCCUUUGGCCCGCUGAACUACCUGAAGGAAGCCUGGAACAUAUUCGACUUUGUGACUGUACUGGGCAGCAUUACUGACAUUCUAGUCACUGAGAUCAAGACGCAGAACAAGUUGAUCAACCUAAGUUUCCUGAGGCUCUUUCGAGCAGCUCGACUCAUCAAACUCUUGAGGCAGGGCUACACCAUCCGCAUUCUGCUCUGGACCUUUGUGCAGUCCUUUAAGGCUCUGCCUUAUGUGUGUCUGCUCAUCGCUAUGCUCUUUUUCAUCUAUGCCAUCGUUGGCAUGCAGGUGUUUGGAAACAUCGAGUUAAAUGAAGACACGUCUAUCAAUCACCACAAUAACUUCCGCACCUUCUUCCAGGCACUGAUGCUGCUGUUCAGGAGUGCCACUGGGGAGGCCUGGCAUGAGAUCAUGCUGGCAUGUCUGGCUAACAGGCGCUGUGACCAGCUCUCAGCGUCCAGUGGGAAUGAGUGCGGAAGUGACUUUGCCUACUUCUAUUUUGUUUCCUUCAUCUUUCUCUGCUCAUUCUUGAUGCUGAAUCUUUUUGUGGCUGUUAUCAUGGACAACUUUGAGUACCUGACACGCGAUGCCUCCAUCCUUGGACCACACCACCUGGAUGAGUUCAUCCGUGUUUGGGCAGAGUACGACCCUGCUGCUUGUGGGCGCAUAUCCUACCUCGAUAUGUACGAAAUGCUUCGUCACAUGUCCCCUCCGCUAGGUUUGGGAAAGAAAUGCCCAUCGCGAAUUGCCUACAAGCGCCUGGUGAGGAUGAAUAUGCCCAUCGCCGACGACAACACUGUCCACUUCACGUCCACGCUGAUGGCCCUCAUACGCACCGCCCUGGACAUCAAACUGGCAUCAGGUGUGCUCGCCCAGCGCCUGUGCGAUGCUGACUUAAGGAGGGAGAUCAAUAAAGUGUGGCCCAGCCUAUCAGCCAAGACUGUAGACCUGCUUGUGACCCCUCAUAAGCAUAACGAGUUGACGGUCGGGAAGGUGUAUGCUGCCCUGAUGAUCUUUGAUUACUACAAGCAGAACCGAGCCAAGCAACUCCAGCAACAGCAGUCUACAGGAGGCCCGCAGAGUAAGAUGGGUGCACUCUUCAAGCCUCUGCUACCUCUCACCCAUCUACAUGACUACGAACCGCCAAUCAAGAGUGGCAGGCCGCCACCCGUUUCUCAAGAUGACGCGGCUCCACAGCCGGCACUCCCACCCACAACACCUCUCAUGACCAAUGGGGAGGCAGUGCAAAGCCGCCGCAGUGCCAUGAAGCCCCAUUCUCCAGGAGAGACAGCUCGAGAAGAGAAGCAGCAGAGGGGCAGGCUUUCUGUCCAACGGGGGCGUUCAGAAGACAUGCCAAACACAAGCAAACCUCAGGAAUUAGUAGAGAUGACCAAUAUGGAGAAUGAUUCUGAUCUAGGGGCCUUCUCCACACUGGAGGGCCAAGGGAGGGCAGCCUCAAUGCCCAGACUUAGUACGGGCUAUCAGCGGAACCUUUUACGCCACGCCACCGGGACGUACCUAGCACCCAUCGUGGACGCCAGUCCCAUGCGCCGCUCGGCCUCUUCUCUGGCUCCUCGGGGGGGAGGGAGGGAGGCUAAACUGGGGGAGUACACGCUGACGCGCCUCCCACUGGCUCCUGAGCCGACCCCCACCCAUGACAGGGAGCGAGACCGAGUCCACCACCAUCAUCAUCACCGCUGUCACCGUCGCAGAGACAAGAAGCACAAGUCCCUGGACCGAGUUAUCAGUGAGGAGCAGUCAGGAUCUGUGGAUAUGCCAGCAGACCCCAGCAGUAAGAUGUUACCCAGAGAAGGGAGCCGUGACGGGGAGAGAGACCGCGGCCGCUCGCACGAGAGGAAGCACCGCUCAUCUUCAGCCGCUGACAGGAAUCAGCGCUACUACUCCUGUGAUCGCUAUGGAAGCCUCGAGCACUGCCACAGCCAAUCAUCUGGGCCGAGCAGGUCCACAUCGCCUGGAGAUCCACACGAGGCCAACAGACUGAAACCGGGCGGUAGCUCAGCUAAGGGCAGCCCAGUGGGCUUUACUUCGGGCACUAGCACACUGUGUCGGGGGCGUCGACAACUCCCACAGACCCCACUCACCCCAAGGCCUUCAGUAGCCUAUAAGACUGCCAACUCCUCCCCAGUGCAGUUCAGUGCUGCACGCUCAUCAGGCACUGGUGCUGGACCCACCCGCCUCAGCCGGGGCCAAUCGGAGCAUGACACCCUUCUCGGCAGUGAUGCCCACCACUCCCCUGUGCCCGUCACCCGGAUUUGCUCUGAUCCUAACUUGGGCCCCCUCCAGCGAGACCCCCACCUGUCAGAGGCAGAAGACUUCCAGGAUGCCAUGAGCAGUUAUGGCUCCAGGCGCUCUCCGAGGACUGUGGCCUCAGCCUCCCACAUAUCACCCGGGGUGGGCAGCUCUUCCGCGCUGCACCCACAGAGCCGGAGUGGAGUGCCGAACGGGUACCAUUUCACCCUGGGAGUGAGUGCAGCCCCGGGGUCCAAUGCCAGAGUUUCCCCUGGUUACCAGGAGAUGGAGAAAGAUGACUGGUGCUAGCAUGAUGACAAAUAUCCUUCUCAAAUCUCUGUCAAGGGCAGGAUAAGUUAUAUCAUUUUUGUCCCAAGAUGACAGUAGCUGGCUCCUGUGUACUGUUGUGAAGAUGACAUGAAAAAGGCAGGGAAUGUUAAUUAAAUGAGUCCUUAAUCAUUUAUUAUCAAAGAGGGCCAGUGUGUUUUGAGUGCAGUAUGACAUUCCUUCUUGUUCCAUGGCAAAGCCGGUUUUCUGAUCACAGGUUGUAAAGAGAACAUGCCGUGGGCAUGUUAACUCAAGCAGAGCUCUGACUGGAUAAGCUAUUAAGAAGAGAGAAAUAGUUGAGCUAUGACCACACCAUUCCAGAGCACUGGCCUCCACUCUCCAGGGUCAUAUGAGCAGGGCUGCACUCCACAUAAGGGCAGAGAUACAAUCACUGCAACUGUGCCUACUUCAGACGUGACCAAGACUCAAAGCAAAGGGCCAGGAAGCACAAGCUAGAAGGGAAACGGCGGGUUCGCGGCCGUUCAGCACCACUCUGGCCCAGACUGGUGCUGGCAACAGCCGAAAUCCUCGACCUCUUCAGUCCUUAGUGCACUGUUAUUGAGGGUGAGGCUGAGCGUUGUCUAGACAGUUCUUUCUAAAUAAUAGUAGUUUAACUGCUGUUUUAUGCUGUCUCUUCCUCUUGCAAGUGGCACCAGUGCACAGCUCCCACCAUCUAAAAAGGCCAAAUUGUAAUUAGUUUUAUAUUAAGCUGCAGUAGACUGAUUAUCUUUUCAGAGUGUUCCUUUUUUGUACCUUGUACACAAUGAGUGUAGCUGGGCAUCCUGUAAGGUCUACUCUUUUUUACUGUAUUACGCUCAAGUGGUAAAAUACCAAGUGCCUAACCUUUGAGAUUUACAGCUGUAAGGUUAUGAUGUAUUAUGAGGCAUUGUAACCUAUGAAAGGCUAAUUCUAGAUACUGUGCACUGUAGGUAGAUGUCACUGCUAUUUGUUUCUUAUAUGUACCAUAGCAUGUUAUGAAGACAGAGAUUAUUACAUUGCACAAAAGAGGAUAUAGAAAGCAUUUGAAUGGAAUUGUUUAAGUGGAUGUUUGCGUGAACGUAUUUGAGAUAGGAGUGAGUAUUUCAGAGUAUUUAUUGAAAAUGGAAAUUCAUAGAGAAUGCAGGGAAGAUAGCAUAGCUUCAAAAGAGUACUGUAGUCACAACACCAUGGAAAGGAUCAUUAAAUCUCAAUGAUAUAGCAGAACCUUGGUUGUUGGUGUAAAAUGACAAAAUUAGAGACCAUGGUGUAGCACUACUUUUAUCUGUUUUUCUUUUAUUUGAAGGUGGGAGGAGUACAUGAGCUGUUUUUCUGGUGAGACUAAAUGCAUUAGAUGGAGAUGAAAUGCUUUUUGUGCUUUUCUUCAAACAGUUCACAGAACACAAUGUCUUUUGUUCACAGUAAAACUUUUUGAGAAUAUUAAUUAGACUCCUAAAAUGGUUCCAAAAGAUUUGACAAAAGUGCAUAUGUCUCAGUAAUGUCAUGUAAAUACCUUUUUGAUCACAGAUAUCAAAGCUGAUAGGUAUUGCUACAUGCUUUUGUAGUCAAUACAGAAGACAUGCUUCUUUAGGAAUCUCCCCAUCUUUCCUGGGUUCUGUAGUUUCCACAUACUGCGUUGUCUAAUAAGGAAAAAAGUAUGAUUAUUUGUAACAUGGAUGGCAUUUCUAGGACAAGCUUGGUGUUUUACUAUAAGCCCAGGGAUGAGUCGACUGCUGAGAUAAGGUGCAGUAGGGCUAUGGGACGAGACGACACUUUAUAAUUGCUCCUCAUUCACUGUGGUUUUCCCUCCGGGACGCUGCAGAUCCAGGACUCUGUAACGAGACCAAGAGAGACUGUUUCAGUUCACCCAGUACAAGAAGUGCAGUAAUCAGUGAGAUGUAAGAUGUAGUGCACUGGAGGUGCUGCGAAGUUACUCAUUAGCAAGUGUAAAAAUGUGAGUUCCUGGGCUGGGGGAAAAAAAAAA